AUGCCUCAAAACCCCAUCUUAGAAGUUGAGAUAUUUGACUGUUGGGGCAUUGACUUUAUGGGGCCAUUCAUCUUUUCUCAUGGGAAUCAGUAUAUCUUGGUUGUUGUGGACUAUGUGUCCAAGUGGGUUGAAGCCAUUGAAAGCCCCACCAAUGAUUCAAAAAUUGUGGGCAAGCUGUUUAAGACCAUCAUCUUCCCCAGGUUUGGUGUUCCCAUAGUUGUGAUCAGUGAUGGUGGGACUCACUUUGUGAACAAGAAUUUAGUAGGUUUGCUAAAGAAGCAUGGGGUUAAGCACAAGAUAGCAAGUCCAUACACCCGCAAACCAGUGGCCAAGACAGCUUUUAAGACCCCCAUUGGGACCUCACCUUUCAAUCUAUUGUAUAGGAAGAGCUGCCAUCUUCCUGUAGAGCUGGAGUACAAAUAUCUUUGGGCUGUUAAGUUACUCAACUUUGACAUCAAAACUGCUCAAGAGAAGAGGCUCUUACAACUCCAUGAGCUAGAGGAGAUCAGGCUGAAUGCUUAUGAAACCUCAAAGAUCUACAAGGAGAGGACAAAAAAUUUGUAUGAUCAGAAGAUCCUCAAGAGAGAGUUCAAGGAAGGAGACCUUGUUCUCUUAUUCAACUCAAGGUUAAAGCUGUUCAAAGGCAAGUUAAGGUCAAGGUGGUCUAGUCCUUUCAAGAUUUUGGAAGUAAGAAGCUAUGGAGCUGUGAUGACUGAGAGAACCAAUGCCAUUGCUCACGUGAAGAAGAGUCUUGCACCAAAAGACAAGACCUUCGUCUCAAGAUCCUCAAAGCCAAAAGGGAACGGAAAGAGCACAAAGAAGGUGACAAAGUAA